CAUGACCGUUCAAUGUCGUAAAGUUUCAUUUUGUAGGAGAAUUUUAUAUGUUUUAUUUUAAAAUGAGCAGUUUAUCUAACAGCAGCAACGACUUUGAAAGAAAUCGCCAGGAAAGGGGAGAAUGGAGCAAAAAAGUGGAAUAUGUUUUGUCAAUGGUGGGUUAUCUUGUUGGAUUAGGAAAUCUGUGGCGUUUCCCGUACAUUUGCAUGAGAAACGGUGGAGGAGCAUUUUUGAUUCCAUUUCUGUUUUUCUUGGUUCUAUGUGGACUACCAUUAUUAUUCCUGGAGACCACCAUUGGACAAUUUAGUGGUAAAGGAUUUCUCCAUGUUUGGGAAGUAUGUCCACUAUUCAAAGGAAUAGGUGUUGGUAUGAUGAUUCCUAUUUUUGUAUUUAGUAUCUAUUACAACAUGAUCAUCGCAUGGACUUUGUAUUACAUCGGAAACUCUUUUCUGAGUCCGUUACCAUGGACAAAUUGUGACAACUACUGGAAUAGUCCUAAUUGUGUAGUGGACCACGGGUUCUUGAAGAAUAUUAAUAACAUAACAGGGCAGAGUUUAAACAUUAGUUCGCAGUUGUAUGAAGAUACCACAGAAAUGGAGUUUGUAGCGAACAGAAGUUCCGAAUGGAUUACUGCACAGGAAGACUUUUGGCAAAACAAUGUACUGCAAAUGUCCACAGGUUUAGAAGACUUGGGUAAUUUGAACUGGCGUUUAUUGUUGUGCUUGCUUGGUGCAUGGGUUAUUGUAGGAUUAUGCAUAAUGAAAGGGAUCAAAUCAAUAGGGAAGGUUGUGUACGUAACAGCAGUAUUACCGUAUAUUUUACUGACAGUGAUAUUCAUCAGAGGACUGACACUUGAGGGUUCUCUUUACGGAGUUAUGACAUUUCUGAAUCCAGAUUUUAGUAAACUUUUAGAAAUCAGUAUUUGGAUCGAAGCUGGCUUACAAGUAUUCUUUUCAUUAGGAACUGGGACCGGUCUCCUUAUUUCUCUCGCUAGUUUCAACAAAUUUGACAACAAUUGCUUGAGGGAUUCUGUUCUGUUGUCGUUUACAAGUGAAGGAACAAGUAUAUAUUGUGGACUGGUCAUAUUUACUGUCCUAGGAUUCAUGGCUACAAAGUUUGGACUGCCUAUCGACAAAAUAGUUAAAUCAGGACCAGGAAUAGGUUUUAUGGCGUAUCCAGAAGCACUAGCACAUCUGCCAGGUCAGAAUGUUUGGUCGUGUCUCUUCUUCAUAAUGCUUUUAACUGUUGGCUUAGAUAGUCAGUUUGCCAUUUGUGAAUCUGCUGUUGGUGUAUUAACGGAUAGUUUCCCGAGACUACGAAGACGGAGAAGCGCUAUCACAGUCCUGUUUUGUUUGCUGUGUUUUGUGCUUGGAAUUAUUUUCUGUUUCCAGGGAGGGAUAUAUAUUUUCCAACUAAUAGAUUGGUAUAUUGCUGCAUUUUCACGACCAAUCAUUGGUAUUUUAGAAUGUUUAAUAUUUGGAUGGAUAUAUGGACUCGAACGUCUAUCACACGACCUUCACCUGAUGAUUGGUAAACGACUACCUGCCUUUUUUAGAAUUUGUAUAGCAGUUGUUACGCCUGCAAUCCUGAUGGUAUUAGUUAUAUCAACAUUUGCAGGAUAUAAAAGACCAGCGUAUGGGAGUUAUGUAUAUCCACAAUAUGCAGCCGUUAUUGGAAUACUUAUAUCCGUGUCUCCUAUUAUACCUAUUAUAGUUUUUGCAAUCAUUGCCAUUCGGAAAGCAGAAGGGAGCUCUUUUUCAGAAAAAUUACGCUCUUCCAUGAAGCCCACCGUGUUUUGGAGUCCUGUGCGUACAGACGAACAAAACAAUUCAAAGGAUUCACUGGUUGUAGGCUUAAGUGUUACUGAAAAAAUCAAACUCAAUCUAUUGGGCACAAAAUAAAAGAAGCCAUCCAACCGUUAAGGGAGUUCGCUACUUAGUUUAAAAAUAACAAGUUUUUCAUAACACUUGUUCUAUUGAUACAUGUAGGAGAUCAAUAAAGGAACCGAAAGAGUAGAAAAGAUAUAGGGUAAUGUGCUUGUUUUCAAGAUAUUAGCCAUUGACAUGUAGCGGGAAAAUGGUCUUCCUUGAUUUUUCAUAGCUUGAGUAUUGACCAGUUUAAGGUCUGAAAAACUUUUAAAAAUAACAAAGAUUUUUUAAGGGUCUCAUUGGGGGUUCCGAUCCUUGACCCUGCUUCCUGUUUUGUCAGAUUCCCGUAUCCCGCUUACACAAUGUACGUAAGCAAUUCUCAUCUUUUUGUGAUUUCCCGGGUCCCGCUAGACCUUAUUUCCCGUUUUCACGACACAAUAAUUUGACUUCCACGUGUUACGCUUACAACAAAUCGGAAAUCCCGCGUCACGCUUAAACCCCAAUGAGACCCACUUUAUAAGACUUUUACAGAUGGCUGAUAAUUGUACACGUGAAAGAUUUAUUAAAAGACAAACGAGGGUCAAUGGGCAAACAUUAUUAAGGCAUUCAAAUUGUCAAAACCAUUCCGAAAAUCUGACAAAAAAGCCAAAACAUUACUAGCGAACCUCCUUUAAGCCAAAGCGCUUUUAAAACAUUUUGAAAACAAACACUGAGCCACAUGUAGAUUAAUAAAGUUUUCACAGUUAU